AUGGAUGGAUUGUACCAGUGUGAAUAUUCACACGACUCCAGCAUCUCCACAAGUGACUCUGUCAACCUCUCUGUUACUGGUGUGCCCAUCAGAUUAGCUGGUUCUGGGUCCACUCCGUGUGCUGGAAGAGUUGAAUACUACUAUAAAAAACGUUGGGGAACAGUCUGUGAUAAUGACUGGGACAUAAAUGAUGCUGAGGUGGUCUGCAGACAGUUAGACUGUGGACCAGCACUGAAUGCCACUCGAUCAGCUCAAUUUGGUGAAGGAAAGGGAGACAUCCUGCUUGAUAAUGUGGCUUGUUCAGGAAGUGAAAGUUCUCUAACUAAAUGUCAGCACAGAGGAUUUGGGACGCACAACUGUGGACAUCAUCGGGAUGCUGGUGUCAUCUGUACAGGAAUCAGAUUAGCUGGGUCUCAGUCCCCAUCUUCUGGAAGAGUUGAAAUCUAUCACAACAACAGCUGGGGAACAGUCUGUGAUGAUGGCUGGGACAUAAAUGAUGCUGAGGUGGUCUGCAGACAGUUAGUCUAUGGGACGGCACUGGCAGCUCCUAAAGAGAAUCAUUUUGGUGAAGGAAGUGGACCAGUCUGGUUUGAUGAUGUGGCCUGUUCGGGAAAUGAAAGAUCUAUAACCCAGUGUCAGCUUGGAGAAUUCGGGAGCAGUUGUAGACACCAUAAAGAUGCUGGAGUCAUAUGCUCAGGUGUAGCCAUCAGAUUAGCUGGUUCUCUGUCGACUCGUUGCUCUGGAAGAGUCGAAAUCUUUUACAACAACACUUGGGAAACAGUCUGUGAUCAUAACUGGGACAUAAAUGAUGCUGAGGUGGUCUGCAGAGAGUUAAACUGUGGAACAGCACUGAAAGCCACUCAGUCUGCUCACUUUGGUGAAGGAACAGGAGAAAUCUGGCUGGAUGAUGUGUCCUGUUCAGGAAGUGAGAGAUCUCUGACUGAGUGUAAUCACGGAGGAUUUGGUAUACACAGCUGUACACACAGUAAGGAUGCUGGUGUCAUCUGUUCAGGUGUGCCAGUCAGAUUAUCUGGAAGCACUUUGUGCUCUGGAAGAGUUGAAAUCUUUUACAACAACACUUGGGGAACAGUCUGUGAUGAUAACUGGGACAUAAAUGAUGCUGAGGUGGUUUGCAGAGAGCUCGGCUGUGGAACGGCACAGAGUGCUGCUGUAUCAGCCCGCUUUGGUGAGGGAAGUGGAUCCAUCUGGCUUGAUGAUGUGGACUGUUCAGGAAGUGAGAGAUCUCUGACUGAGUGUCAGCACAGAGGAUUUGGGACACAUGACUGUACACACAGUGAUGAUGCUGGUGUUGUCUGCUCAGUGAUCCUCCCAAAGCCCAGAAUCUCCAUGAAUCCUGCUAAUAAAGUUAAGUGGAGAAGUGAUCUCAGCAUCACUUGUUCAAUAUCACCUCAAAGCCGACAGCUUCUACAAGGAGAAUUUACUCUGAAGCAGAUUUCAGGCUCAUUCGUCCAGACAAAACCAUCAACCACCAACUCUGCUACAUUCAAGAUCCUCAAAGUAGAUUUUGACAAGGACGGAUUGUACCAGUGUGAAUAUUCAUACGGCUCCAGCUUCUCCACAAGUGACUCUGCUAACAUCUCUGUUAUUGUGUCACUGGAGCGGCCCAGUAUCUCUGUGACAUCUCCAAAUGGAGGACUGGUCAAGGUUUAUGAAGGUGCAGAAAUCAUCAAGGGUUACAGCUUCAUCUUCAGCUGCAAAACUAGUCUGACCUUGAACAUGAUGCCGACUACAGCUGUGUGUAUGAGAUAA